AGUCAGUGAAAGCAUCUCGCUAACCACCACUGAUUUUCAGUCGCAGUCCGCUGAGGAAGAGGGGAGCUGUUGUCAUCUGGCCGGCUGUUGUGUCGACCCUUUGUUCAGGGGAAAUGGCUGGGAUUAAAGCUCUCAUCACACUGUCCUUUGGAGGGGCCAUUGGCCUCAUGUUCCUCAUGCUGGGAUGUGCCCUGCCUGUGUAUGAUAAAUACUGGCCGCUGUUCCUCCUCUUCUUCUACAUCCUCUCGCCCAUCCCGUACUGCAUCUCAAGGCGGGUUGUCGACGACACCGACUCGGCCAGCAAUGCCUGUAAAGAGCUGGCCAUCUUCCUCACGACGGGUAUCGUCAUCUCAGCCUUCGGCCUGCCCAUUGUUUUCGCCAGAGCCGAAGUGAUCGCCUGGGGGGCGUGCGCGCUUGUGCUCACGGGCAACAUCGUCAUCUUCGGGACCAUCCUGGGCUUUUUCCUGGUCUUCGGGUCCAAUGACGACUUCAGCUGGCAGCAGUGGUAAAACAUCAGAGGGGGGAGGGGGGAUUGGUUGAGUUUUUAUUGUUAGCUUUAUUUUUAUUAUAAUUUGGUCCUUGUUAUGAUUUAUACAAUGGCCGCCCAUCUUAGACUCACUCCAGGCUCGUGCAAUAUUUACUUGUCUUUUGAACGCCUGCUUCAUGUUGAACUGGCACAAGGUGGGGGGUGUAACAUGCUCGACUGUACAUCUGCUGCUGCCAUAUUUUCAUUUUUGAGCGAGUAGGGGUGUUAACAAGACAGUCAGUUCAUGAGAUGAGCCGAUAUACGACAUUGGGUCUACAAGAACAAGACCAGCUUUUAACAUUUUAAGAAAAGUGAAAUGUAAAAACAAUUAAAACAUGACAAUAUAUUGCAAUCUACUAAUUUCAUUUAUACUACAUUACACUCUUUUGCAAUCUGUGUGUAUGCUAGUGGCCCCCGCCUCCACCCACCGGGACUGUACGACUGACAAAAGGGUUCACUACAUUCAUGCUGUGGUUUUGUGGAACAAACAUGCUAAGGUUUGGAAACCAAUGCACAGAGUGAACCCUCUUCCUGCCUGUUUGCGAAAAAUAGAUAAGCAUGCACAUGGCAACAUAUUCAAGCUGGCAAAUUUAUUAGGUGAUUAAUUCCAUCCAUUCCUUUUCUAUGCCGCUUAUCCUCAACUAGGGUUGCGGGACUAUGCUGGAGCCUAUCCAGCCUAUGGAGAGGCGGGGUACACUCUGGACUGGUCGCCAGCCAAUCGCAGGGCACAUACAGACAACCUUUCACACUCGCAUUCACACCUAUGGACAAUUUAGAAUCCACAGUGUAUCCAUGUGAUUAAUUCGUUUAUUUAUUAUCAUCCCAGGCCUCGUUUCCACAAGACGAGAUAUCGUGUCAUGUUUUAAUCUAGCAAGAUCUAAUAACACGAAAUCUUGUGACGCCCCUAUUAGCGAACAAAAUUUGCCAUCAGUGAUGCCUGUGAAAAUACUGGAAAGAAUGUUUAAUAUCUGACCUUAUCAGGCAGGGGUAGGGAACCUAUGGCUCACGAUCCAAAUGUGGCUCUCUUGGUGACGGCAUCUGGCUCUCAGACAUGUCCUAACACAAUCAAAUGCAUUUUUGUUAAUUUUUUUUACACUGACAUUUUAAAUAAAACAUUAAAGAAAAAAUUCAACUUUUUUUAUGCAUUUGGAUCCAUCCAUUUUCUACGUCAAUGCGGGUGGCCAGAGCCAAUACCAGCUCUCCUUCCAAAACUCCAAUAUUACUGGGUAAAACAGUAGCCUAGCCGGGUCAUCAAGAGGUGAACUGUAAUCAAAUAUGGAUACGGCGUACGGUGCAAAACCACCAGAAGUUGCAUUAAUGGUAAGAAUUUUUUUUCUCCCAUUAUUAGCGUCAGUAUAACAAUGUUAUUAAAAAUCAUACUUUGAGACUUACUAUUCUGAAAUUGUUGGUCACGCUUAAAAAUGCACACAUGUAGCUGUAAUCAAUGUUAAAAAAAAUAUGAAAAAUGUGGCUUUCUGAGCCCCCAAGGUUCCUGACCCCUGUUAGGGCAAUGUCAGGCCUGUCUAUCAUGCUUUUUGUGCACUCCCCUUCACUAGGUGGCAGUAAAGUACUACUAUGCUGGCUUGCCAACUGCUAACACACUGUAUCGUCAUGUGUGUUUAUUAAGGGUGGGAAUCCUGAGUAACAUACACAAUACACAAUAUAUAAGCCAAUAAUUUAAUAAUGUCUUGUUGCAGACUUGGCAUACUAAACAAAACCAAAAAAAAGGACAAUAAGUAAUGUUUUUCUUCUCAUAGUAUUACCAAAAUAAUAGACAGAUGGACCCCGACCCAUUUUGUUAUGUCCUUCUCAGCAAUACUACAGUAAAACUGCACACUAAAACCCACGGUCAUCUUUUAUGUUCAUAUUCAUCCAGACAUCAGCUCCUCAGUGAAGAAAUGGUUGUACUAAAAAGCACUGAAUGAAGGCAGCAGGUCUGUGAAAACUACUGACACCAUUUGUUGUGUAAAACUAAACGCUCUGGUGGCAAAUCUUUACAAACUAAAAACAUCAAGUCCAAAAUGUGGAAUAUGGGAAUAUUUGUUGUAGCUGUGGGAUGGGCCUCUGUGUGUGUGUUGCUGUUUUAGUAGUUUCCUCCCACGCCUGCACUCAUGUUGUAUUUAUUAUUUGAUAAGCCACACUUCAUCUUCAUGUUCUGUACUAUUUUUUUGUUUUUUUUUGGAGGGAGAAUUCAGCAUGGUGGAGUUUUUUUUUUUUUAAUAAACGCAUUUUUGGAA